UUUCUCCGCACACGCCACAUGCUGUCCUCGGCACAGCACAGUUACACAGGGCGUGAGUCGCGCUACACAGAAGAUGCACAGUGACCAAUCCGCUGCGGCGGACUUACACAGUGUUGUAUCACAAUCAACGACGAUAGACCGGUCCGUUCAGCAGCCUGACUCGCCCAGCGACAGCGUAGAACCAGCCAACCCGCCCACCACCGCAGACCCCAGCUCGCCGCCUAACCACGUUGCACUUGCUCCCCCUGAGCCACUUCAAAUCCAACCCCCUCCCACCACCGUCUCCAAGUCCCUAACCCUCCGCCUCUACACCUCCCACUUCCUCUCAACAUGGAACUCGCGCCUGUUCGAGGCAGGCGUGGUCUACUUCCUUGCCUCGGCCUUCCCAAACAACCUGCUGCCCAUCUCCGUCUACGCAUUAGCCCGCAACGCGGCCGCCAUCGCGCUGACCGUGCCCGUGGGCAACUGGAUCGACCGCGCCAACCGUCUGACGGUAGUCCGCGCGUCUAUUGUCGGGCAGCGCGUGGCUGUUACGGUUUCGUGCGGUAUUUUUUGGGUCAUGCUCGCCCCUCAGAGCAAAGGGGCGCUGAGUGGGAGGGUGUUGGAUGGGCUGUUUGCGGUGAGUGUGGUGCUGGCGUGUGUGGAGAAGUUGUGUGCGGGAGUGAAUUUGGUUGCGGUUGAGAGGGACUGGGUGGUGGUUAUUACUGAGCGGGAUGAGGUUGCGAGGAGGAUGAUGAAUGCGCGUAUGCGGAGAAUUGAUUUGUUUUGUAAGCUGCUGGGGCCGUUGACGGUUGCGUUCAUUGCGGCGGCGUCGGUCCCCGUGGCGGUCUAUUCGACGCUGGGGAUGAAUGUGGCUUCGGUGCUGGUGGAAUAUUUCUGCAUUGAGACGGUCUAUCGCCGGGUCCCAGCUCUCCACCGUUCCUCCUCCCCGGGGACAUGCCAGUCAUCCGGGGGCGUUGCUCACCAAGGACAAACCCGCCCGCGACCGCGUCUCGCGUUCAGUCAAUGGCUUCGUCGUACGGCAUCACAAGUCAUAAUGAUUCCGUCCUUGCGCCUCUACUUCAGCCAUCCAGCCGCCAUCCCCUCCUUCUCCCUUGCCCUGUCGUAUCUGACCGUCCUCUCGUUCUCCGGCCACAUGCUAACCUACCUGCUCGCUUCGAAUAUCAACCUGUGGCAGGUCGGCAUCAUCCGCGGCGUUUCCACGCUGUUCGAGCUCAGCGCCACCUGGAUCGCACCCCGCCUGAUGAAACGUAUCGGCGUCAUCCGUACCGGCCUGUGGGCGAUCACCUGGCAGAUGACCUGGCUUGCUGGCAGCAUCUCGUGGUUUUUCUCCUACUACGCUCACGGGUACCAAUCAACCCACCUGAUGCCUGCUGCUGGGCUUACUGUUGCUGUGGCGUUCAGUCGGGUUGGGCUCUGGGCUUUUGAUCUGUCGGUGCAGAAUAUCGUGCAGGAUGAGGUCCAGGGCGAUCGAAGGGGGAUAUUCUCCACUGUCGAAACCUCGUUCCAGAAUGUGUGUGACUUGCUGUCUUGGGCUUUGACGAUCAUUUGGUCAGAUCCAAACUCGUUCCAGUGGCCAGUUGUCAUCAGCGUUGCGGCCGUAUACAUAGCGGGGGGACUUUAUGCUUCGUUUUUGCGCCGGCGCAGGGGGCAUCUCAUUCAUGCACCGUCAUGCCUCAGUCCGAAGGGGCUAUACCACCUGCAUAUGUAAAGAGGUAGAUGCUACCCCCGGCCAGGAGGACUUGAAUUGGAUACAGUACACUGAAGAGAGCCUCCCUGCCAAUGGGGCUCGUUGAUCAUAAGAGCUCUGAAUUCCUUGAUUUAGUAGUUGGAAGUGGUACUUCCUCUGUCUCCCCAGACUGAGUAGAGAGGAA